AAUAACACAGCCUCUAUUCAGAGCACAAACUUAGAGCUGCGAGCAGGAGCAGGCUCGGGAUUUAAACAACUCUCAGCAGAUGAGUCUGUUCACGGGUCUCUCUCGGGUUUGUUUUUCAUCCUACUUUUGAUCCAUGAGAGAAAGCCAGGCUCUCUCCUCUGGGCAAGCAAGGCAGCCCUCCCAGGAGCUCUGGCUGCCAGAAGGGGAAUGGUGCUGGCUCUGACUCCCACAGUUCCACUGCCUGCCCAUGUGAUGGGUCCAGCUGGAAAGAGCUUUCUGAUGGCACAGCUGUGAGUGAAUCCAGCACAACAUGUUCAGUGUGGAAGACCUUCUGAUUUCUCAUGGAUACAAAUUGUCAAAAAAUCCCCCUGCUUCAUACGAGAGCAGAUACGAUGGAUACCGGCAUGAAACCACGGGGAGCAGAUCUGCUCAGAGACCAGCACUGAAUGGGAUUGAAGCAGAAUCCAGAGCUGGGGCCUACAGCAAGAGACCUCUGGUGAAAACCAGCUCAAGCAGCACUGAAAGCAGCCAUGGGAGCCAAGGGAGGCAAGCAGGUCCUGGUUACCACCAUGACCUUCAGGGUUUGUCCACUUUUCAUACUUCAGAAGGGGGGGCUUAUGACAGGCCUCAUUUAGCGCGGUCUUCCCAGCCCAAGAGUGAUAAAGAUCUGGCCUACUGGAGAAGACGAGGACAGGACUUCAGUGUGCUACUGGGCUAUUCCCAGAAGGCCAGUGUGGAGAUGAAAGGCCUGGCUGCAUCCCCCGGGGCACCCCGGCACCCCAAGGAGAAUCAGCUGAAGGUGGGCUCGGGUGCAGGGUAUGGCAGAAGAAGCGGCUUGCAGGAAAGCUGUGAAGUGCCCAGCGCCUGCAAAUGGCAAAGUCUGGAAAUAGAGAGCUGGAACCAGCCAAAAAAGGUGGGGAGGCAAAUGUCUGAGGGUGACAGGGAGAAGCUGCUUCAAGAGCUUUAUUCGCUGACCCUGGGAGACAACGUACUCAGCACCCAGAGCAGGGGGAAAUCGCAGUCCUUGCCAAGGGUCCUUUCACCUGAGAGCAUGCGGUGCGUGGAAAUGCCCUCCCUGACCAACAGUAACAACUCACUCAGCGUCACUAAAACCCCCUCCUAUCCCCCAAACAGACUGGGUGUGGAACCUGCCAAGCACCAUGGAACAGGAGGCAAUGUCCUUCCCCUGGUGAAGCCCAAGUAUGGGAGACCUCUCAAGCCUCCAUCCUAUGAACUGAAGCGGCAGACUAGGGCACCUGCAGAAACUGUGGUUUUCCAGGACCACUACCAGAAAGAGGAACCUGUCUCCUACUUAGCCAAAGUCAAUGAGCCAAGGCAAGAUGCUGGCAUUCCAGACCCUGGUUUGGAGCCCCCAGUGUAUGUACCUCCUCCUUCUUACAAAUCCCCACCUCACCAACACGUGACCCCCCAUUCCCCCAGUGAAGUGCCUAAAACCAACCCGUGCGCCAGCAGUGACCCACAGGGUCCUGCAGAGCAGGUUGUCCCCUGCCAACGACCAGCAGUGAAUACUUUUGAAGUGGGGGGUGACCCUUGCAAAGACAACCAUUUUCCUCAUGGGAAGCAAAGCCAUGCAAGGCGCCCUGCUGACCACCUGCGUUCCGUUCAGUACAUUCCCUUUGAUGAUCCUCGGAUACGACACAUUAAAAUUGCACCACUGGAAGGUCUGCAGGGCAACUCUAACCACACUGAAAAUGCAUGUAGUCCCAGUUCUGGUGCUUUGCAAGAGAGAAAUCUUGAAGUACAGUACAACAGUGCCUUUGUGGAUGCAUCAAACUUGUCCAGUUCUGCGAAGGGAGAAAGAACUUCCGACAGCUCCCCACAUAGCAACAGAUGGUUGGCACCAUCCAUCCGAGAUCAGGAAAACUGUGCCUUGCCAGACCAAAGAGACAAUUGUAGAGCAACUAAUCACAGCCCCCGCAACGAAGCCAGCACAGAGUACACGAAAGGCAAACUUUCUGUAAGAAAUUCACAUAUGGACAACACCUGUGAGACUGUUACAAAAGUGAAAAAGUUUGAACCUGGAACUGGGAUGCAGAGCAAAAAGAGUUCAAAGAAAAAAAUGAAUGAAACUAUAUUUUGUUUGGUCUCUAUCCCAGUUAAAUCAGAAUCCAAUCUGCCAGAUACAGAUAGGAACAACAACAUAACUCAGAGCCCUGAUAAGAAUAGGUUUGAUAACAAUGGAGCUUUGCAAGAACAAAGUCUCUUAAGUAUGUCUUCAACAGACUUGGAGUUACAAGCGCUUACAGGAAGCAUGACCAAUAAAAAUGAGUUACAAAAACAAGAGCUGUGGAGACCAGAAGAGUUCAAACAAAUGAAUGACCUCAGAUUUAUUCAGCCUACAAAACACAGAGAGCUCAAAUAUUCUGGCUCCUGGCCAGGUGAUCAGUACAAAGACCAGCAGACACAGACAAGUUUCUCUGAAGAACCUGAGAGCCCAGAAUUUUUCCAUGGUACAAAGCCUGGGAAGCCUGAUAGUAGCAAGCAGCUAUCUCCAAAACUCCCAGGAUGUACAACAUCCACAGUGGGGGCAAAACAGACAGGGUCACCUUCUGAUGAGAGAAGCUGCAGACAGAACAGUUACAGUAUGAAGGGCCAGACUCACCUCAGCCAGUCUAGCAACAGUGCAUUUUCUAGGACUGCCACCUCAGUCCUUAAGUCUCCCUCCCCAAAAGCCCACCAGAGCCAGCCUGUGCCUGUCCAAGAGAGGGAAAAUGGCCUUCUUUCCAAGGGAGAUGUAGUUAAGGGAGAACCAGGUGCUCCCUGCAACAGUACAGAACCAUUUGGGCAGUUUCUGUUGAAACCUGUAAGUCGCCGUCCCUGGGAUGCAAUAAGUGAGCUAGAAAGUUUUAACAAGGAGCUGCAAGGGCAGGAGGAGAGCACAAGCAGUGAAGAAGAUUUGGAAAGUGCUGCAGCUCCUCUGCAGGCAGGUGCCUUUAUGCACAGGAGGGAGUCCAGAAAUGAGAAAUCAAGCCAGGAGCUAAAACAUGGUGGGAAAUCAGAAAUGGUUGUGCCAGAAGUGCCUGUAAUUAGGCCAGGAAGGGUUAAAAGUAAGUCUGAAAGUUGGAGCAUGGGGACAGAGCAUGGUGGCGAGCUAAGAUGUGGUGGCUCUCAAGGCUUCUCAAAGCCAGGAGGGAGCAGUGAAGGAGUCAGGCCAGCAGAUGGAAGACUGAUAGAAAUGGGGAUGGGGGAAGCCAAGAGCAGAACAAGCAAACAGCCAGUUCAUGAGAGCCCUAUCAGAAGAGUUUUGUCCAGUAGCUCAAGUAGUUCAUGUCACAGUAAUCCUUUCAAUAACCCUGUCUUGCAGGAGAUGAGUGAAGACCAAAAUUACCUAGACUUUGUUAAACUGAGCAAAGGUGCAACUCCCACAAAUGAUAGGCUAUUAGAGAGAGGGUCAGGAGUAUGUUUGUCACUAACAAAGAGGAACCAAAGGUGCUCUGAGCCAGAUUUGAGGUCAGUAGGACUUGAUGUGGCCCCAGAACUUGGUGCUAACAACUCUGAUCACUCUUCAGAUGCAAAUGCAGUGGAAAUCCCUGUGAAUGAGUCAUUGCAGGCAAGAGCUGCAAGAAUUUUAGGUAUAGAUAUAGCAGUGGAGUCUCUCCUUCCAGGUGACCAGGUUGGGCCCCACCCAAGCACUAGCCCCUCAAACAGUGCUCAGGACUUUGAGUCAUCAACAAUAGGGAACACAGUAAGUAACAAUGAAGGAAAAAAAGAAGAUUCUUAUGAAGGCAGACGAAAGUGUGGCUGGACAGAGAGUGCUCUCUUUGUCAGAGCGGGAGGGCGAUCUUUACAUCCUGUUGAAAGCCAGGCCACUCUCCAGGAAGCCAAUGCUAAACCACUGGUAACUGAGCAAGUUCUUGAACAACCUGUGAGUCCCAGCCAAGGUGAGGACCAAAACUUGGUUUGCAAGUCAGCUGCCUCUCAGCAUUCAGAAAAGAGAGUGAGGAGCACCUCCAAAGUAAUAGAGACACUCCAAGGCAAGCUCACAUCCCCACCCAGCCGGACUGCCAUGGAUCGCUUGGUGCGCAUGAAGGAAGUUGACUCUGUGUCGCGCAUGAGACGCCUGAGCAUUAAGAGCGCAGACUCGGGAGAGGAGGUGGAUGAAGAGAAGCUGUCGAAGGUACCAGAGGAGAGAGGAAGCAAACUGGCCAGCUCAGGGGCUGUUUCCAAGCGUGUCAUCUCUCUCAGUGAAAAUGGAUGUUUAGGUGGAAUGGACAAGAAGAAGAUCGACAGAGAUUUUUCGUUAGGUAAGACCCUGUUAAUGGGAGAUCCAGAUGGGUACUCGUUUCUUAUGUAAUGGGCAUGAUCAGUUUGCUUAUGCCCACGUAAUGCUGCUCAAAUAGUAACAGGCUGUAGGAGGUACUAUCCUCAUCUGGGAGCCACCCACUUUGCUCUCCUUGUGGAAAAGAUGAGUGUUCUCUGGUCCCAUUUUAGGAAUUGUUACUGUAAAACUCACUUGUGAUACAGAAAUUCAUUCACAGAGACUGGAGUGCUCCCUAAGGUCUUAUCUCUGUCUAAUUGUUUCAGGGAAUGGCCAGGCUCAAACAGUGGAGUUCAAAGACAAUCACUCUAAUGCCAGUGUUUGGGAAUGUGUGGUCAUUUAAUCAUAGCUGUUCCUUGAAUGCCAAUUUUUUUCCUUCUCUAAUACUUAAGUAGACACAUACUAUAUCAUAGUUCAGAAGAAACUAAAAAUAAAAAUCUGAUGGUCUUCUAUGAAGCCUCUGGGAAAUGGCUGCAUAGAGGGGCCUGGAAAUUCUGUCUCUCUCAUGAAUAUUUUCCAGAUCAGAUGUUGAGAAUAACUAUUAACCCCAGGACAAAUGGAAAGUUGACUAUUUCAGUGAACACCUUUUUUUUUUUUUUACUAUUUUUUGGUGUUUCUGAUCUCUCUCUAAAGCAUGUAAACUUGUGUAGUCCAUAUGCAUCCCCAAAGUAACAUGAGCAGUUUCCUCUCUGAAACAGUUUUCAUUUAGCAUUUUUUUAACAACUGAAAAUCAGUUGUUGCUAUAGACCUGUGUAAAGGGAUAAAUCUCCCAGGCCACCUGCCUAGUCCAUUAAAUAAAUUGGAGUGAGCAAACAUAGAGUGUGAAAGCUGUUAAAUUAGUAUUAAUCUCCUCCUUCCUUUUUCCAUCCUUUCUGUUACAGUUGACACUUUGCCUUGAAAUCUGCACAGGUUAUUCAUUUAACCUUAUUGAUAAACAUUUAUUCACAGUUUUCCAGUACAGAGGGACUGAAAUUAAAUUAGGUAUACUUUAAACUGGACUUACACAAUUCCAACUGAAAAGAAAUGCUUGUAUGAGUUCUAAGUAUUGACUCUUGCAGCCUUGAAGCCUUUUUCUCCAUGUCUUUUUCUGUAUGCCACAUCUUUGUCUCUCUCUGCUCUGAACUGUAUUUCUCCAGACCAGAUUUUUCAAACAGACUGAUUCAGCUUUCUUGUACCCAUCAGGUCUGGUCUGCCCCACAUGCAUUUCAUAUGCUUUCCUCCCUUGGGGUUUCUGCUGGAGUGAAGAAAAUAACUGUUGUGGUGACAUGACUUCAGGGAUGUAUCAAAACAGAUUGUGUGCGUUUUAUUGGAGAGUUAUUCUGCAGUAAAUUAGGUCUAAAUUUAUCUCUCUUGCUGACAAUGCCAGGCUUAUAUUCUGCAGUGUGUUCCCACUGCAGCAGCUCCCUCUCAGCCAUAACAGCCCUCCCCAUGUUUGGAUGGCAUGAAUGUCCCUUCCUGCUGUGCAUGUCCAGGGUGACACACAUGGGGUGGGCAGGUGGCUUCUGGCCUCUUCCCAUCCAAAGAGACCCUGAUUUGUUGCUGGCCCCAAAAGCUUCACCUUACAGGGUGACUGUAAAUUCAUAUUUGUAAGAAGGCCUGAUGUUGUGUCUUCUUCUUUUAAAUUUCACUCCAAUUUUCACAAUAGCUUAUUGGUACCAUUGAAAGCCCAAAUGAGAAUUAAUCCUGAAAAAUCAUUGUAUUUGAUGUUUUCAAAGAGCAGAUAUUCCAUUCUAAAAGGCCACUCUAUUUGGAGCAAGGUAGGGUGAUGUUAGACUUAUAAUUGCAGACUGGGCCUGUCACAGAGGCUGCAGCCCUUAGCAGAAACAGGCUUUCACAUGUAUAAUGUAGCUUGGCAGACGAACAGUCAUCUCAGAGCAAGAGCCCUGCCAAAACUGAGUGCAAGCUCAUCUUACUAUGCAAAUACUGCCAUUAGGAGAACAUCUCUAAAUGUUCCCAAAUGCAUUGGAUGUCUUUUCUCCUUUGCUGUUUGGAGACAUGAGUCUGCUAAUCUGGCUUUGUUUCUGUAGAGAGCAUUUCAAAUGAGCUUAACCAAAUGUUGAAUAAGCAUUUCUAGAUCAGUGCUAGAACUCCAAUGUCUGUCCCCCUCAAAAGGGUGACCUGGCCUGUCAGUCUGGCACUUUUGUGUCCUUGGUUUAGGUGCUGAGGGCAUGGGUAAACUUUCAGGGAAUAUACUGAGCCAUGCAGAGGCUCCAUGUCUUGUGGCCUGGCUUUCUCCCUUCCUCCCCACCCCUGUCUUGCCACUCCCUGAAACAGUGAGCACCUGAAAUUUUGUGGGGAAUUCUGUUAAUGUGAAUGUGUCUGGCCUUAGGAAAAUCAGGUUUCUGAAAUGCAAAUCCAUUUUUAUUCUUAGGUCAACCUGUCACAGAACACUUCAGAAUUUUAUGUUUUAACAGUUUAGAUGGCAAAAUAUUUAUGAUUUAAAAAAAUGUUACGGCUUUAGAGGCAUCUUCAUACACCAUCAGUGCAUUAAGCUUAAAAAGAUGCAGCAUUAUCCUAGAGAACACUAGCCCUCAAAAACUUUAUUUCUAUUGUUUUUUUGCAUUCACGUGGUGUCUGUUUGGAAAUACCAGAAAAGGCAUAGCAGAAAUCAGAGGUGUUGCUGGCACAGACUCGUUUCUUGGCUGGACUAGCAGCUCCAGGAGGGUGGGCAAGAGAAGUGAUAAAAGAUUCUGCAACACAAAUCCACCCACUGGGGCCAAAUCCAGAAAUCCUUUCUUAGCCAGUUCCCCCUUGACGUGAGUGUGGAUGUAGCAGAUGGACACUUGCACAUGGGAGCAAAAAUUUCCCUGGAGGAUUUUUAUGCUUUUUAUGUUUGAAUGAAGACCUUCACUCACAUCAACACAAAAGUCCCGAGGAUGAAUGUUUUACUCCAAAGUGUGAUAUUUGUGUGUGGAAUUAUUUUCAUGCUCAGCUGUUUAAAUGUGAGUGCAGUGGGAGUACAGCCUACGGGAGGGACGUUUAAGGUUAGCGCAGAUUCCCAGGUUGUGUAAGAGCAGAAGCAGCACGCGGCAGCACGGCUGCAGUGCCGGUUUGUCCGGGCCCUCUGUGCCUGCAGACUCCUCCCUAGGUAGCCCUGGCUCCUACAUGCCAUGACCGUGCACAUCAAGGGCAAGCCAGGUGUCUGCAUGAUGGCACUGGGCAGGCAGAGCUCACAGGGCAAAGCCUUUUUGUUGCAAUCCUGUCCCAGAGUGACAAGGGUGAAGGAAAAGGCUCAUGUCUGCUUACUACGUGGCCAGCAGUGGGAUAAAUCCAAUUAAGAAAUCUCAUAGACGAGUGUCCUCAGGGAUUUGGGAAAAGGAAAACCAGCCUAUGGUAUAUCCUGUGAACUGGCAGGAGGGAGGCUGGAAGUGAAGAAGAGUGUUGGCAAGCCAUUUCAGUGCUUUGGUGAAGAAGGCUGAAACAUGAGCUGCAGUUUUGCAGACUGAAGCAAGACAGACUAACCAUAGUGAUGCAAUGCAGCUGUGCUUUUCUGUUUUCUGUUGAAUUAAUCUGAAAUGAAGGAUUUGCAAUCAAAUGAAAAGACUCUGAUGACUGCAUGGCACAAUCACUCCUUCAGUCUGCCUUACACACCCUGCUAGGAUGCUUAAAGCAUUUACUAGUCCUUAGUGUUCAGUACAAGGGGGAGAAAAUGGUAUGUCUUUUUCUUCCUGUCAAAGCACCUGAAAACUGGAAGCAAUCACUUAGCAUUCAGUUUGCUUGUUCCUACCUACCCAAGGCCUUCCCAAAUUCUGUCUUCAUGCAUUUGGUCAGAGUUGUUCCUGAAUUAUAGUGGUAAAAGCACAGAAUUUGGGUCAGGAAUGUGAUAUGUAUCUUUAAUGCAGCAAGCUUUAUCAGCUCUCUUUUUUUAAAUAAAAGCUAGGGAAAAGAUGUGUCAUUUUCACAGCCAGAAAUAUUGAAUAGAUUUCACAAUACAUUAUUAAUAGUGUUUUCUUGGUUUUU